GUUGCUGACGUCAAGACUCGCGGAUGCGCAGAGUUAUUCCGCGUGUGAGAACAUUUUUUUUCUCUGCCCCCACUGCACCAAACACGAGCUUGUGAGAAAGGCGGUUGGCAUCCAUUAUUUCAUCGCUUACUGUCUUUCUGUUCCCGUCGGUCGCCUCGCUUGUUCUUGUUACAUCAAAAUUUCCCCAUAUUAUGGCGAUCAAGGAGGAGAAGAAACCCUUUAACCAGACUUUGACGGAGUGGAGACAAUUCUUUUACAAUCCGCAGAAUGGACAAUUCAUGGGGCGAACGGCGAGCAGCUGGGAAUAUGAAAACAAGCAGAAUCGAAACAUAGCAUGCGAGCCUGGAAGUUUUUUUAUACAAGACGACAGGAAGGAAAAGGCAGCAUGCUUGUUUAACCGCUCUUUGCUUGGAGAGUGUUCAGGCCUCAACGACACAGAUUAUGGGUAUUCUACAGGCAGCCCAUGUGUACUGGUGAAAAUGAACAGAAUUAUUGGAUUGAAGCCAAAUGGUCAGCCUACUGUUAACUGCACAUACAAGACUGAAACAGAUGACAGAUUGCAAUUCAAGUAUUUCCCUGAAGGUGGAACGUUUGAUCUGAUGUAUUUUCCAUACUACGGUAGGAAAGUCCAGCCGACUUAUGUACAGCCUUUAGUUGGAGUGAAGCUGCUCAUUGGCAAUAACAGAAAAGACAUAUCAAUUGAGUGCAAGAUUGAAGGGAGCCCUAGUGUCAAAAAUUCAGACGAUCGAGAUAAGUUCUUAGGACGGGUAGCCUUCAAAGUAACUGUCAUUGAAUAACACCAAUGAGAAAUCUGCAUGAUGCCAACAUUGUGUUGUAAAUUUUAUUUUUUAACUAGUUGGAUCUGCCAUUCUAGGAUGUGAGACCACUUUGAAAAGGGGAGUGUGGCAGCUGGCAUUACGGCAGCAUGAGAAAGAUGUGCUUCCAGAUAUUAUUGUUAUAAAUUUCCCCCCUCUUGGUAGCUGCUUAGUGUGCAUCAUCUGCCCCCCCUCCUGAUGGACCAGUUUACAAAUGUUUUAAAACAUGCCAUAUUAGGGACUUGUAAAUAACUGUAUUUAGUAAUGUACAAUGGUGGUCUUUGUCCUGUUGUGAUGUGGUUUUACUCAGUGUGAGUGUCUGAAGCAUAAUGUGCUGUUGCUGUGUACACAUUCUUUGGUUAUAGCACUGGUAACCUGCCGUGUAUAAUGUCAGAACUGUUUUAGGAAUCAGUCACGCAAAAUAAUAGUACCUGACCAAGAGUGAAUCAUUUUACCGACCCUACAAGAAAUGUGUUUUGUGCAGAUGCCUUAAAAUGUGUAUGAAACAUGAAAUAAACUGGUUUUAAAGAACUGUGUUUGUCUAAUUUAUUGUAUUCAGCUGUUGAAUACUGCUGCUUUCUGCUCUGCUGUAUGGUGUUUGAUUUUCUUUUUUCACUGACCUGCUAAUACUUUCAGGCAUCAGAAAGAUGGUAGUAUUUCAGGGUAAUUUGCUGUAAUGGCCUAUUCCAAUAUGUAAGAAGCCUGCCACAUUGUUAUGCGGAAAGUAUGUCCAUUUGGUCAUAUUAUAGUUAUUUGUCUUUCUUCAUGCUAUUUUCACUGCACUGUAUAUACUGAAAUGUGUUGACAGGAUAUAUUUAUUAUAAAUAUAAGUAUUUAGUCUGGGUCAAAUGAUCUGUCUGCUUUAGUUCAUAUUAAACUGAAGCAUCAAAAUCAGUAGUAUUGUACUGCAUCUCCAUUUUAAGAUGUCCUCUUUGCAUCAGUAGUUAACAUUUUAUUUUGUUUUUUAGGAAAGCAUUUCAAAGACAUUUUGUUUAUUGUUGCCUAACACUUUGUGUCUUAUUUAUUGUCACUCUGCCAAAUAAUGCUUUCAGAAUUGGAUUGUUUUUGUCAUUAUGAAAUUACUGAUAUGGGCAUAUGGAAAGAAAAAUAUGGAUGCUUCAUAUUUUUUUAUAAAAUUUAUCCAGUAAGGCAUUUGUCUAACAGACUAUAUUAAUGUCAGUGUGAUCAUCAGUUGGAAAAUAUUUGGAUGUUAAAACAGUAUGAAGGUACAAGUGUCAAUCUUCAUAAAAGUAUAAAAGGGAUUUAUUCCCGCCCUGAUGUAAAAGCCAUUUUUGUUAACCACAACUGUAGUUAAACUAUGAUAAAAAUGAAAAAUAAAAUCAAGGUUUCUGUUGCCUUUCUGUUGUAAAUGUGA